AACGCGGACCGCUACGGACCGUUGGAUUCAGCUGAGAGGACGCAACUUUGUCCGCGCCGCCGCUAGCAAUCGCAGCAAGUUUCGCGUAGCUCCGCGCACACCAGAAUAGUGUAGAGAAUCGCCGUCGCGUGAUUGUUUGUUGUUAUCGGUAACAGAUUUUCUGUUCUUUUCCUGCCGUCAUAAUCGCCGUCGUUCGCAGUCGCCGUCCGUAUCCAACCGUUGGGAGUGCGCUGUUUGCAAUACGCAAACAAGUCGUUGACUUUAGGAUUUUCGUAUGAGUAAGCAGCAUGCUGCAUUGUAUGCUACUGCCGUUGCUGCUACUGCUGCGUAAAGUCGGGCAAAAAACUUAAAGAACCUCAACGCGGCUGACGCGGGACUCGAAGCAGAACAUUCAGUGCCAUGGACGUAGUCAAAUGGUGCGGAUUUCGUUCGUCAGUGAAGGAACUGUGCGACAACUGUAUAUUGCUUGAACCUUUCUCAGUGUCCCUUAGUGCAACCGGAGCUUAUGCUAGUGUGUGCUUGCUGGUGUAUCUCGAGGGCAUAGUGAUGAGUGGUUCUUUCCUGCGAAAUUUCAAAACAAAUUCACAGUGCGUCUAAUAAUAGUGUGUGGUACCACACUUCCCUGAUUUAAGUGCAACAGAAAAGUUUCCGAAGACGAAUCGGUUUAUUUUGACAUGCAGAUAGCUACAGACGAGGUAUCAUCAAACAUUUGCAUUCAAAUGCUCGAAUGAAUAUAAUCGCGUAGUGUAAAAUAGCAAAAAAAAGCAAGCAACGAUGGUGAACGGGGAUAGAAACGAAGUGAGUGGUGUGCUAUUCAGCAAUCAAAUGGCGAUAAAUCGCGACCGGUAUCAUCAGCGUUCGCGAGUGACGAUACCAACGCAGCGGACGCCGCCACCGCCACCAACAAUAACAGCUGUAGAGCCGGCGGUGGAAGGUCGACGGCACGCAUCGUUUAUCGAUGAUGAUGUCAGCAGGCCGCAGAAUGUGCCACCGGUGCACCAACAGCAGACAAAAGAAAGUGUAGUUAUGCGAAAUAAAGUGAUUGAUCUGGACAAAAAUCGCAUUAAAUGUGGCCGCAAUAAGCUGUGGUCAAGGCCGCUUAGUUUCUCCGGUUUCUUCAAGAAGUCAUUGAGCCAAGGAUCGAUUCAGUUGGAGGCAAACCGGGACGGAGGAGUAGAUGGCCGACAUAGUACAAAUUAUGCUGUCAAUCACAGUGGCCUGUCCGAUUCAAAUGGUAACGAACUAUCAUCGCGAGGAUGUGGUGCAAAGUUUGAUCUCAACAUGAUUCGUAAAUUGGAGGAUGAAAUCUACAAGCGGGGUCGGGAAAAACAGCGUGGUGAUGAAUGCAAUGCGGAAGCAAAAGAUUUCCAUGAUUUCUAUUUUAGUCAGAAAACCUUUGGUGAGAAGAAGACGUUUUCCAGCGAUACGUCAGCAUUCAAGGGAGACGGAAAAGCGAUGCUGCUGGUUGACUCACAGGCACUGGAACCGAUGCUUCUGAAAAGGCCACUCAGUACGGACGAUGCACUUUUGCAAAACGGAUCCAGACAGUCGGAGGGCGAGUCUAACUGCCAUGUCGACCCAACGAACAAAUCGAUCAUCAUCGUAGACAACUCUGAGUUCUAUCCAGUGCUAAUGAGGUACGAUAUUAAUAGCGAACUAGUGAACCGCCAAUUUAGGGAACACGCACGGAAGCGUAACGAAGAAAAGCUAAAAAUAUCCACCCGAAAUGGCGUUCCUUCGACCCAGGCAGCUAAGACGUCGCCGAGUGUUGCAGACCCGUCAUUAAGUGGUAAUAAUGGUCACAGCGCCAAGAUACUACUGUCAACGUCAAAUUUACCAACUGCCACAAAAGACUCGCCACCACCAGCGUCGAAAACUAAAACGACGCGCGGCGAAUUGGUAGCGUGUUGUGAAAUGAAAAACAUAAACAGCCAUAAUCAUGCUACACAGCCGAAAAAGCUAGUCGUUAGCGCACGACCGCCACCUCCUGCCGGGUCGGGGAGUGGCGAUCGUGCUAAAAAGACCCGCUCUGCCAACCUCUUCCAGCGGUUCCUUCUUCAACGAAGAAGCCUCAAUCUAUCGGUCAGGCGUCACAAACGUCACGAGUGCCAGUUCCGUCCAUCGCCUGUUUAUCCUUCGUCCGAAGAUAAUAGCUCUCCAACCGAAGGCAAAUCCACAGGAAAUAAUAAACUUAAAUUUGAAUAUCUGAAAAAGAUGCAAAGAUAUGACCCCGAAACACCAUCCCAGAACUCUAGUAACGCCACGUUUCCUGCUACCGGCCGUACCAGCAGUGAGCCAAACCUUUCUUCGCGAGCUAACUGGAAAAGUGAGCAUUUUCUUCGCCACCUCCAGCAUACACAUCGCAGCUGGAGCACCGGUGACCUGGACAGCCUCAGUCAGCUGAUGUCAUCGAGCAAAAACUUCGCCAACAUUUUCGAAAGCACCAGUGACAAUUUGUCCCACCUUUCGGCUAUCGUAAUCUCGUCCAGCAGUCAAGGUUCGCCAUCGUCCGGCUCGCUGACAUCAUCCUCGUCACUGUCAUCAGGCUCCCGAAUGCAGUCACUGCUGGAAAAUCAUUACCGGCUGUUGCAGAGAAGGGAGCGGAUGGUACAACAACGGGGCUCGGCACAAAGCAAACCGCCACCGGGCUGUCCUAGUGCCGGUAGCAAUGGCGUGACCACGAGUCAACCGGCCAGCGGUGGUAACUUCCUACGGCGGAAAUCUUCCUCCUUUCGAGGGGUACUCAAACGGGCCAACACUUCGGAUGUCGUCAAUACGUGGAUCUACCGGAAAAGCUACGAUGGCUCAGGCAGCGGUCUAGGUGAGCCCCCGUACCGGGGGCAUCACGGUAGUCCUCACUCGUCACCGUCGCGGUACUCCUACAACAACACUCCCAAGACCAGCAUCCAGCACUGGCGGACAUCCAGUGGUGGUGCGGCGGACUUUAAACGAAACUCCAGACUCCGCAGCUCGACCAGUGCUGUGCCCGGCGGCGGAGCCGGUGGAGGCAGUGGUUCUAGUACCAGCAGCAGUAGCACCGGAUCCAAUAUGGUCGACCUUAACAUACCGCGCGGUCACUCGCCGCACUUCAGUCCCUCGAGGCAAACCACGCAAACCGGCGACACACAGACACUGCAUGUGUAUCUACCGAACCAUGGCUUCCGCAUGAUUCGCUUCGACGAGGCAUCCGAUGUCCGGCAGAUAAUUAAUCUGAUCGUGAACUCAAUGUCACCAGGUCACAAGACGAACCCGCAGAGCUAUGCACUCCGUCUGCGACACAUGCUAACCAAAGAGGUGCUCUGGAUGCCACCGGACACAUCCAUGACCCAGGUGAUGGCACACAUAUUCAAUCCAUCCUGCAGCAAUGCCGACUGUCCUAAUGUCGACAAGAGUACUAUUGCUAAGCGGAUGCAGCAAAAGACCAGUGGGGUUGUCGGCCAUGCCAAUAGUGUCUGGAAGGCGGAACUCCGCGUACGCUACAUACCAAAAAGUCUGAAGGAACUGUACGAAAAAGAUCGUACUACGUGUCACUUCUACUUCGAUCAAGUCAAACAAGAUUACAUUCAGUCGAACAUACCCAAUAUCGAUCAAGAUAUUGCGAUUCAGUUGUGCUGUCUUGGGAUACGACAUUACUAUAAAGACACGAAUCACUCGUCGAACGAUCGAAAGCACCAUCUUGAAUACAUUGAGAAGGAGAUGGGCUUUAGUAACUUCAUACCCAAAUCUGUGAUAGAUACCAUUAAGCAGAAGAAUCUGAAAAAACUUAUCCAGGCUGGCUACAAGAAGGUUUACAGCUACACCGAGAUGGAGUACAUGCUCAAAUUCUUCGAUUUGCUGCGCACCCAGUACACCUUCGACCAGGAGCAGUUCAACGUUCAGCUGAGCAGUGGAUGGAACAUUCGUGUCGAUUUAAUUAUUGGCCCCCAUGUCGGUAUUUCCUAUUCGGUUAACCCGCAGGCACCUCCCACGAAGGUAACCGAUUUCGAAAAUAUCGAACGAAUAACAACCAGUAUAGUAUCGUCAUCGCUGACGAAAAGCGAUAUUCAAGGUGCAAAACAACCGAGCUCGAAAAAUUCCAAAGACCAGCCAGACCUCACCAGUUCCUGCGGUAGCGGCGGCAGUGGCGAAAAGAAGGACAAGAAGGGUGUCUCCUGCCCGUGUAGCGAAAUAAAGACUCAGCUGAGGAUAAAAGUCAGUGGCAACAGCGAGGAUCUUGCAAUCACAUGUGAUGGUAUUAAGACUUCCGAGAGUAUAGCCGAUCUAGUCGAUGGUUACUGUAGAUUAUUUAAUAAUACUGAUAUUAGCUUAUGGGAUCGAACCGUCAUACCAAAAACUACCCCAAACAGCAGCGCGACCAAUUCGCUUGAGAAGAGUCAAAACCGAAAGAUGACGGACUCGCAGUCGUCGGAGAAACAGGACUCCACUCGUUCGAGCAGCGACAAGUUGAAUAAUUCCGUUCAUGAACUGGAAGCCAGCACCAGUUCUAACAGUAAGCCGACGCUGAACGAAGACUACGCCGAACUGGGCAUGUGCGAAGAGGAAGGUGACUACUCUACACCUGCCGCCAGAAAUUACGAGCUGGAUCGCAAUCAGAUUACUCUGAACGAAAUCAUCGGAGUUGGGCAGUUUGGCGAUGUGCACAUCGGUUCGUGUCGGUUGUCCAGCAAAUCGACGUUAGCUAACAAGCUGAACCAAUCUCUGACCAGCGAAUUCGAUGAACUUUCCCUUUCUGGGGGUGCCAAUGGGGAGAACAACAAUAGUGCCGAAGCGCAGCAGAAGGGUGGUGGUGUUAUACAGGUGGCGGUAAAGACCUGUAAAGCCGAUGCCGAUCUGGCAACAUCGGAGAAGUUCCUAGAGGAAGCAUACAUAAUGCAAAAGUUCGAACAUCCGCAUAUUAUCAAACUGAUUGGCAUUUGCAGUGGACCGCCGAUCUGGAUAGUAAUGGAAUUGGCCCGUCUGGGGGAGCUGCGAGCGUAUCUCAAGAAAAAUGGUUCCAAGUUGAAGUUAGGAACUUUGCUGUUGUAUUCCUAUCAACUGUCAACUGCUCUGAGUUAUCUGGAAUCGAAAAAAUUUGUUCACCGGGAUAUUGCCGCUCGGAAUGUGCUGGUCAGUUCACCAACCUGUAUUAAGCUUGCCGAUUUUGGACUCUCAAGAUGGGUUGAAGAUCAGUCGUACUAUACGUCUACCAAAGGAAUGCUACCGAUUAAAUGGAUGGCUCCGGAAUCUAUCAACUUCCGGCGGUUCACCACAGCCAGCGAUGUUUGGAUGUUCGGUGUAUGCACAUGGGAAAUUCUAAUGCUCGGGGUGAAACCAUUCCAAGGAAUUAAAAAUUGCGAUGUGAUCGGCAAACUGGAGAAUGGUGAACGAUUACCAUUACCACCGAACUGUCCACCCCGGUUAUAUUCGUUGAUGUCGCAGUGCUGGUCGUACGAACCACACAAACGGCCGAAUUUCAAGAACGUAAAGGAGGUUCUCUACGAAAUCCUCAUGGAAGAACGCCAUAGUGACUGUGAGACAAUGCGGCGGGAGAAUCGUCGUGUGGCUGCCAUGUCGUGGGGAGCAGGUGACGAUGUGGCUCCACCAAAACCGGCCCGUGGCCCUAUGAUGGGUGUAGGUGACGGUUCACAACAGGCUCUUGGUGCUCCGCAAACCUACAUUAUCGCUCGCGAUCCCGCUGUACUGGCGGCACUGAUGCGCGAGAACGAACAACGCGGAGUUAACCCAUCAUGCUAUACAACACCUGCUUCGGUAUUUAACACUCUAGCCGUAGACAUUGACCCUAAUGCACAAAAUAAUACUGAUAAAGUCGCGAUCGCUAAAGAAACAACUACUAGCGGAAACUUAUCACUGAAAACCGUAUCCCUACCCGCAAACGAACUGCUCAAACUUGAUCCCAUUGUCGACGAAGCAAGUAACCAAUCUACAUCGGCGACGAUCGUUAGCGGUGAUCCCAAUUCCAGCGCACCUUCUUCCUUGGAAGUCGAAAACCAUAACACUCUUGUUGCUUCCCCUUCUACAGCUACUUUGGUACCCACGACCGGUAUCGAUAGCAUUACGGAAGGUUCCACUGUAUCCGGUAUCGCAACCGAGUCUUUAGAGUCCUAUAAAAAUCCUCAAGAUCCAAUAUUCACUAACAACAACCCUAUCUCCAAUAACCAAACGGCCCCCAAUACGAGCUACCCCAUUCCCUGUGAAAUCAUCAAUGCGCUCACGCAGCAAACUCAUUCUAUCGAACCAGCUUAUAAAGCCAUCCAGAAGAACCAGUCUGCUAGCAACUCCUCUGCCUUGACCGGCAUGAACCCUGCCACACCCCAAAUGAACAAUAAUUUCAUGCAUCCCACUGGUACUCAACAGCAACAGUUCUUUGUGGCCGCUGCCAUCCAACAGCAGCAACCGAUGCCCACUAGUUUGGUAAUGUACCAACAGUAUCAUACACAACAACAACAGCAGCAGCAGCAACAGGAGCAAUAUUUCCAGCAGGUUUUACAGCAACAGCAAAUCUUUCAGCAACAGCAGCAUCCCGGUUAUAUACAGUAUGCCGGCCAGUACGGGCAACCAGGUGUCAUCAAAUCACCCCAAGAGGAUCAACAGCAAUCAUCGACGGGAAAUUCGCGUAGCUUAGAACGAGGUGCGGUUUCCACAUAUGCCGCAAGGAUUAACUCAUUGGAAAGAACACGCCAAAUGGGUAUGGAGUAUGGAUCGGCGAAAGCCAUGAGAUCAAACUCGCUAACCAGACAGUACAGUGGCGGCGGCCAAAUGGAGUCCUACCCGCCAAAUCAUGGGGUCAGAUCUGCCAGCCUGGAGCGUGGAGGACAAAUUGGUCAAGCAUAUAUCAACCGGAUGGGAAGUCUGGAGAGAAAUCAGAAUCAAGCAAUGUUUUUGAACAAUAUAAAAGGAGGCAGCUUAGAAAGAAAUCAGUCGGCUGCCAUCGUCAACGAUAUGCUCGGCAAUAAGGCUAAUUAUAAGGGAGGAAGCUUGGAACGUAAUCAGCACCUUGUAAUGAAUACUGGUAAUCGGGGUGGCAGCUUGGAAAGAAACUUAACCUACCAAGGAUAUCGCAAUCCUGUAUCAGCAGCACCCCGCGAGCAGGAACCUUUUCAGGAGGAGAUUUAUGAUUUCGGUGGAGUAAACGUUAAAUCGUGUGCUUCAAUAGCUCUUAAAAAGAGCGUUGAAAAAGGCAUCCUUCCUCCAAGCACUCUCAUGUCACCGGGAGUCUCCCAAACUGCUGCAAAUUUUUCUCUUCCACCGCCGUACAGCUCGGUACAAAGCUCUAAAUUUAGCGUCCAGCAACCCCAAGGCACUCCCCAACGUUCUCUGUGGCAGCAGCAGCAAAUCUACCAGCCACAACAAUCGGCCGCCUACGCUCCCGCUUCCUCAGGCCAUGCAGCGAUUCCACAAGGUGUCAUGGGCGUUGCCUCUUCCCAGCAGGUUCAAUUUCCACAUCAGUCACCAGCAGCGGGUCAGUUAAAAGCAGUCGGAAUAGCACAACAAAUACCGAUGAUGGCUGCUGCACCACAACAAGCAACCGGUGUCGCUGCUCCCCAACAGCAGCAACCACAGCAGGCAACCGCUUCCAGUUCCGGAAUCUCGCAGAAGGUACAGGAGACGCAGCAAAUUCUGGAAGCCAAGCUUCGUAAACAGCAGCAGGAAAGUGAGGUCGAUUCCAAGUGGCUCCAGCAGGAGGAGAACAAUCUCAAGAAACGGUUAAGCCUGAUCACGUCCGCUGCUGGCAGCGCAUCGUUCGAUCAGCAGCAGCAGCAAGAACUCAACAAUGGCAGCGGUUCAUUGUCCGGCAGUUACCAUUCCCAGCAAAGCCCGCACUUCUCCCCGCAGAAUACCAUGUCCGGGCCGCAAAGUCUUGGCGAUCAUUAUCCAACCACACCAAAUACUUCUGACUCUAGACCACACACGCCAGGGUCCACGUCCGGUAUGAUAAAGUCUAAGAGCUCCUCGAUGGAACGCUGCACAACACCACUGUCCGGUGACGAGAAGUUUGUAAUCAAGAAGGUCGAACCGACGCGAACAAUGCCGCUGGAUCGAACCGGUGACAUUGUGUACAGUGCAACGACCAGCGUGGUGAAGUCAAUAAUGGCGCUAAGCCAGGGCGUCGAUAAAUCGCUGGCGGCAGACUAUUUAGAUCUGGUACGCAACGUAGGGAUCGAACUGCGCACACUUCUUGGCGCCGUUGAUCAAAUCUCCAUUUCAUUCCCGGCCCAGUGCCAUAAGGAAGUUGAAAUGGCACACAAAGUAUUGUCCAAAGAUAUGUUCGAGUUGGUGGCGGCUAUGCGAUUGGCGCAACAGUAUAGCGAAACCACGCUCGAUGCUGAAUAUAGAAAGAGUAUGUUAUCAGCAGCACACGUGCUCGCCAUGGAUGCCAAAAAUCUGCUAGACGUCGUCGACUCGAUCCGAGUGCGCUUCCCCAACUUGGUUCUAACCAAGCAGCCAAGUCUGCCGACCAGUCCCAUCCAGAAGCAGCAGCCCACAUCGAUAGCUUCCGCAGGGUCGCCAUCAUCGGCAAGCAACAACAGCACAAGCAAUCCUCCGUCCAGUUGUGGUCCACCGAUAUCCUCGUACCAACAGCAACCACAGCACACCUUCGACGCGCAAUCUACCGCCGAAAGCUACCAGAACCUGCAGCCAAAGCAAAUCUUCCACUCCCACAGCUCUCCGCCAAGCUCUCUGACGCAUUCGUUUGAGACCGGGCAGAGCCAACUGUACUCCAACCAGCAGAGCGGAAUCUACGACAAUGAAUGCGUUCUCAACCAGGCGCAAUGGUCCAACGAUGGUAAGCCGAAAAAACCACUAAUUGCAGUGAAACCUCCGGCUGCAGCGCUGGCUUCUCACAAGUUGAAAUCAUCCAACGCUUUUUCCUCCGUUGGUAGUCAACUUCCGGUGCCCGAUGAACUACUAAACGAGCCACUGAAGAUCAUCGAAGACCCGGCUGAAUUGUACUCGAAUACAACCACUGCCAGCUCGACUAGCAACAGCGUGCCCUCGGCGAUAUCCACCAGCAGCAGCUCCGGUGCGAUCAAACUGCCCGAACCCGUUUCCUGCACCAUCGUUCAGGAGAAUCUGCUGGCGAUCAACAAUCAGAAAGUGAUGGCCAACAAGCUGGGCUAGGCUGGUGCCCUAUUAUUAUAUCCAUAAAGGAACACAAUUCUACCCUUACUACCUAUUAUCUAGUGAAAGACAUACGGUAUUGUACUAUUUUUAGGCAAACAAAAGUAACAUUACAAAUUUUACUAUUUUGCUAAGUAAUAACAUUCAGACGUAUGUGACUAGGAAACAGUGAAACGGAGUUUGUAUGACUAAAUCCGGCAUUAUUGUAGAUAAUCAGUGCAAGCAAAUACAAUAACAAAUCAUGAAUAGUUUCCAGUUUAUUUUUGCAAAUUUUUGCAGCAGUAUCCCGCAGGAAGUAUCCGCUCGGGGGUAGGCUUCGAAUAUUUAAGUGCUAAGCCAGAACGCUUUUGAUGUUUGUUACCCACAGUACGGAUAAGGAAAGUAUACUUUUACCACGAGUAGUUUUUACAAACAUAUUGGAAUUGAAGGCUUCCGUGAAAGCACUAACGAUGGAAUUAAUAUUACAAUCGCUAAUCAUAGCCGCCAAUUGCCGAAGAAUAAAACCAGACAAUUUGUCCGAAAACCGAUUUUUAAACACCGCGUCUUGAGCCCCAUUUGCGUAACAAACAUAACAUGAUAGAAUGCGUUCAGAUUCGUCCCGCUGUCCGAUCAAUUAUUCAGGGAAAAUUUGCAAAGUUUUGUGUUUUUUAUUUGCAGGUACAAACCGACUUGCGUAAGUAACAUUUUUAGAAAUGUUUUGUUCGUUUUUGAAAUAAUUUUACCUCUAACACUGUACUUUCGAACUAUUUUACCAAUAUUGUAGCAAUAAAUUGAGACAACUUUUAACCCGAAACAUACCAUAUGUAAAUAAACUAAUCAACAAGCUAGCUCGCUCUCAGCUCAUACAUACUAAAAGCAUUAAACCACUUAUUAAAACAAGAUAGUAACUACUCUGAACAUCAAAAUCAAAUUACUUAACAAAAGGUACUCUGCAGUGCUAACCUAUACUAACUAUAAUAAUCAAUAUGUAUCUAUUACUUGUAACUUAUAUCGCAAAAGGAAGGAAUCAUAAAGCAGCAGGUAGGAAGGAGGUUUGGUGAUACUUGGCGUACUGCCGGUUACGUUUAUACCAACCAGCCACAAACUAGCAAAAUGAAUGCAGAUCAUGAGUUUUAGUGACAAGCAUGUCUAAAUCAUCAGUAAUAUUACUAAUUCAUCAUCAGACUAAUGAAAUAUGUACCUAAUAAAGGUAGCAGCAGAUAAUAUCUUCGAUUGCUUCA